AUGACUACUAUCAACAAAGCAAAUAGCAAGGUGGGCAUAACUGUUGAAUCAGGAUUUGGCGAGUUCGACAGAAGUUUGGAAACUGCAAGCAGUAAUUUUAACAAUGACCAAAAGGACUUCAAUCUCAAUUGUAGCAAAACUUCACCUGGUAGAAGUCGUUAUGGCAGAACAAUAAAACCUAAGUCUCCUAAGAAUGACAUUAUCAAAUUCUAAAAUGCCAAAGAAUCAGAAUUUAUCCAAUAGUAGUAACGACAGUACAGAUGAAAGUAAUACAGUUAACGACAUGGAUGAUACAAGUGAUUCUUCCACUAAUUUAAGCAUUAUGGAAGAAACUACACCAAAAUUGGUUGGUACGUCUAUACAAUGCAAUUGGAUAUUAGGUCAAUUAGCAUGGGCUAGAGUUGGUAAUUUUCCUUUUUGGCCUUGUGUUAUAACACUUGAUCCAACUUUAAUGAUAUAUCAUAAAUUAAGAGCUACUGCCAGAUCACAAACGCUAAUGAUACAUGUCCAAUACUUUGGUGAUAAAGGACGUCAUAGUUGGGUUUCAUCAAACUCUAUGAUUCCAUUUACAAAUCUUGCAGACUUUAAAAAAUUAUCAGAAUCAAUAACUGCAGAAGUAAAGAAGAGAGAUGCUAAAUAUGCAGCUGCAUUUGUUAUUAAGCCUGGUAUAAAAUUAAAAUGGGAAAGUGCGAUUGAGGAAGCCAUGGAAGUUGAAUCAAUGAGUAAUGAUGCUAGAGCUCAUGUUUUUAUUAAACCAAAGGAAAAAAACAUAAAAAAUAAAUCAUCAAAACUAUCAGAGGAAAAAAAUAAAGCUAAUAAAAGAAAAAAUUCAAGUGAUUCAAAUGAUUCUGAUUCUAAACGUGCUAAGAAAGAUAAUGUACAUGAUGUAGAUAAAGAAAAGACAGAUGGAACAAAACCAAAACUACUUAAGUACAUUGAAAAUGGUAAAAAUAAUUUGAAACUUAAUUCAGAUACUCCACCACUAUCUCCUUUAACUCAAAGAAAUUCCAACGAUGAGGUUUCUCUUAUGCAAAAAGUUGAAUUUCGUCCUGAAGAGAAAGUAGAUGGUGUCUUUGAAGUUUAUUACGAACGGAAUAGAGAUAUGUUAGAAGACGAAUAUCCAGAUGCGUCAGAACGUGACAUUAAAAAGUAUUUAAAGAAGAAUUGGGAUAAUAUGAAUUCUUCUUUUCGCAAAAAAUAUCGAUCGUAUGUAACAUCAGAUUCUACUAGUGCUCAUACAAAAGAAAAUUUAUUAAACAAUGAAGAUGACUUACUGGAAGUGGAUGAAAGUACUAAGGAUAACAAAAAGUCAAGAAUUAAAGUUGAAAAAGAAGAGACAAGUGUUUCAGAAACGAAAAAAAAUAAACCUUAUAAUCUUUUUAAAGGAAUGAAACAAGAAAAAGUUUGUCAAAUAUGUGAAAAGACUGGAAAAUUAACUAGGUGUAAAGGUCCUUGUUAUUCGUAUUUUCAUCUCUCUUGCGUGAAACCAGGAGAAUCUAGUCCAGAGCAUUCUAUUGAUGAGAAUAUAAUGGACGAUAAAAUUCUUGAUGAUAUAAAAGAGGUUAAACAAAGCAAUACUGAUGAUGAUGAGAAUAACGGCAAAUUAGAAGAACAAGAUGACGAAUUCUUUAAAUGUAUUGAUUGCUUAUCAGGUGUAGCACCUGCUUGCUUUAUAUGUAAUGAAAGAGAAGGAGAUAGAAUAAGAUGCUCUGUAUUAGCUUGUGGAAAACAUUAUCAUUCAUCUUGCUUGAAAUCGUGGCCACAAUCUCAUUGGCAAGGAGGUCGUUUGACUUGUCCAUAUCAUGUAUGUCAUACAUGCAGUUCAGACAAUCCUCAAGAUAGUCAUUCCAGAGCUCCACAUGAGAAAACGGCACGAUGUGUUCGUUGUCCUUCAUCUUAUCACACAUCGACGUCUUGUUUACCUGCUGGUUCAGUAAUUUUAACCGGUAGUCAAAUAGUUUGUCCAAAACAUUAUCAGGCACCACAACCUCCUGUAAACGCAGCAUGGUGUUUUUUAUGUACAAGAGGCGGAAGUCUUAUCUGUUGUGAUACAUGUCCAACGUCAUUUCACUUGGAAUGUUUGGGUAUUGAUGCCCCAGAUGGUGCAUUUCAUUGUGAAGAUUGUGAAACAGGUAGAUUACCUCUAUAUGGAGAGGUUGUAUGGGUUAAACUUGGUAAUUACCGUUGGUGGCCAUCUCGUAUUUGCUAUCCUCAUGAAAUUCCUGAAAACAUAGAAGCUAUCUCUCAUAGUCCUGGUAAAUUUUGCGUAAUGUUUUUAGGAUCAAAUAAUUAUCAUUGGAUUCAUAGAGGACGUGCUUUUCUUUAUCAAGAUGGUGAUGCAAACAUAAAACCGCCCAUCGGUAAAAAAAAUAGAGAUGAUACUUAUCGUAAAGCAUUAGAAGAAGCCAAUGAGAUUCAUCAACGUUUAAAAAUCGAAAGAGCAGCAGCUAAAGACCAUGGACCACGAGGCGGUUUAAAACCUCCGCCUUAUGUUAAGUUGAAGAUGAAUAAACCGGUUGGAAAUGUAAAACCAACAGAAGUUGAAAGUAUCGUUGCGUGUGAUUGUGAUCCAGAAUGGGAAAAUCCAUGUGCUCCAGGAACAGAUUGUCUUAAUCGAAUAUUAUUAGUUGAAUGUAGCCCCGGUAUUUGUCCAGCUGGUUCCAAAUGUAACAAUCAAGCAUUUGUACGAAGACAAUAUCCAGCUAUGGAACCAUUUCAUACUGCAGAACGUGGUUGGGGUCUUAGAAGUUUAGAACAUAUUAGAGCUGGACAAUUUGUCAUAGAAUAUGUAGGUGAAGUUAUAGACGAAGCUGAAUACAAGCGAAGAUUACACAGGAAGAAAGAAUUAAAGAACGAGAAUUUUUAUUUUUUAACUAUAGACAAUAAUAGAAUGAUUGAUGCUGAACCAAAAGGCAAUUUAAGUCGGUUUAUGAAUCAUUCGUGUUCGCCAAACUGCGAGACGCAGAAAUGGACAGUAAAUGGAGAUACACGCAUAGGUCUGUUUGCAUUAUGCGAUAUCGUGGCUGGUGAAGAAUUGACUUUUAAUUAUAAUUUAGUUUGUGAUGGUGAAACUCGGAAACCUUGCCUGUGUGGCGCAUCAAAUUGUAGUGGCUUUAUAGGUUUAAAAGUACAGAAACCACAAAUUACUACACCUUCAAUUCAACAAAAAAAAUUUGAUAAAAUUGAUAAAAUAAAACGUCAGAAAAGGCUAAGGAAGCGUGUAUUAUGCUGGGGUUGUGGUCAAGAAAUUGAAAAAUUAACACAAUUUGUUGUUUGCGAUCAAAAGACAUGCAGUAAGAAGUACCAUAAAACUUGUGUGAUUAUCGAUGAUACAGAUUCGAGAUUCAGUUGUCCUUGGCAUUUUUGUGCAGAAUGUAGUCGUAGAACAUCUGCACAUUGUUCUUUUUGUAGUGCUGCUUUUUGUCAAGUACACCUGAAUGGAAACCUAUUUGAGUAUAGUGAAAAGGGUGGUUUUGUCUGUAAGUUGCAUGAAAAUAUGGAUAUACAAAAGUCUGCUGAAGAUGAAAAAGAUUAUUCAGAUAAUGAUACUGAAACAGACAAAGAAUAUUCUUCUACAGAUUCCAAUAGUCCGUUAGUAACAAUGGAAAAAUCAGUACCGCGUGAGCCAUCACCAAGAGUUUCUAUAGUAGAGGUAAGUUAAAGUUCUAUUUUAAAGGUAUUAAGCAUAAAUUCUUGGAAGAAUUAGUUUAGUUCCUUUUAGUUUAAUUAGUUCCUUUUAGUUAAAAUUUCUAGUUAAAAUUCUAUUUUAAAGUUAUUAAUAUAAGUUCUUGGGGAAAAUUAGUAGUUCUUUUUCAUGCAUCUUAAGUUUUCAUCCAAAAUUAUUUUAUAUUCAUAAACUUUUAUAUUCAUUUUAUAUUUAUAAACAUUGUUGUCAUAAUUUUUGUUUAUUUGUUGUAUUUAUGUAACAAAGUAAGUAUGAUUAAUAAUUAUAAUGGUGGUGGUAAGUACAAAAAGAAAAUACUAGUGCUUAAAAAGAUGGAAAAUGUUUAUCAGUUAGAUAAAAAAAUUAUAGACAUAUGACACAUAUUCUUUGUCUUCCAAUGCUUUUAUUUUAAUUAAUAUCAUGCAUAUUUUAUUCCUAUAAGAUAUUUUAUAUUUGUAUAAACAUUUCACUUAUUUUCUAUUUUAUUAAAUAGUAUUAUUUUGCAUGUAUUUUACAUAUUUCUAUCUACAUUUGUGUGUCGAAAUAAUAUGUAUAUAUAAGCAGACACGGAGUGAUUUCUCAUGAAAAAAUAAAAAAAAUAGAAUACAAUUUUUUGAUUUGAGGCUUAGUUUUCAAGAUAAUCAAGUUUGAAAAUCUGCCGCCCAUAUGGAAUUGCAGUUAGAUUACAAACAAUGUAUAAUACCUAUUAUGUUUGUAUGCAAUAGCUGUGAAUUAUUAGAUUUAAAAAAGCUAAAAGAUAUUCUGACAAUUAUACUUUAUUAUAUCAAUUACAAAAUUCUUGAAAAUCCUCAUUAUUAUGUGCAGAGCUAUGCUUGCCUAAUUAUAAUUGGCUAUACGUGAUAAAAUGUUUCAACUCUUUAUUUCUUUAAAUGCAUAUUAAAUACUUUUUAUACUCCAUAUGGAAUACUUUGUCAAUUCUAUAUGUAGUAGAUUUUUAAAUCUGAUUUUCUCGAAAAUGAAGCUUGAAAAGUAUUUUAUUUUAUAUUAUGUUUAAUUUUUCAUAAGGAAUCACUCCGUGUCUGUUUAGCCAUGUUAUUCCAAUGUGUCUUCAACCAUGCAUAUAUAAAAAAUUAUGAAAUAUAUAGUUAAGGCUUUAUAAUCUUGUGUAAGAAAAUACUUUUGGUCUUGUAACACUUAUUAGUAAGAUCAUUCCAAAAGUAGAAAGGAAAAGAUUAACAACAUUUAAUUCUAUUUCCUUUUUCUUUUUAUUUGUUUUUCACUGUUCCCAGCAUCCUCUCCCUGACAUUGGCAAUAGUGAGAAAUAGUAGCAAACAAAUAUUUAAAUUUAUACGUUCAAGUGAGUGUAUAUUUUUGGUAUUAUCUCUUUAGACCUCUAAUUCACUAUCAUAUUAAGAAAAUAUCUUGUAAUUAACAAAUAGCUUGUAAUAAAUAAUUUAGUUAUUUUUGUUUAAUUGUAAAAUUUGAAAUAUUAAUUGGUGAGUAAAUAAACAUGUUUAGCUUUUAAGUACAACACAUACUUCGUUCUUAAAUUAUAUUACAUUGUGUAGUAUAUAAUGUAAUGUAACAUCCUGGACCAGCUAAAUGGAAUCACCUAAAUAUCU